AUGUUUCCUUGGGUGGCUGGAUGGGCUGUUCCAUCGUUCGGGCACGUCCUUGACUUUGAAGAUGCCGUCAGAAGAAUGGUCAAGGUUGCAGUUGAUGAUCAACGGCAAAUCAAACACAAGAAGACUUUGCCCCAGGUCGAAAUACCCCACGUUGGCACGGCGAGGUCUAUCUAUCCUAAUAUUUUGGCAGACUCAGAGGUACCUCAGAGCGAGAAGGAGCUAAAACGAUUGGAAGAUGAUGCAAUCUUUCUUAUGAUGGCCGAUACCGAUGCGCCUGCGCAAGCUCUUGCAAUUACGCUGUUCCACAUAGUAAACAACUCCAAUGUCUAUGACAGACUCAAGGAGGAGCUUCUUACUAUCCCAGAUCCGAAUACGGUGCCCACUCUUCAACAGUUCAAGAAACUUCCGUAUCUUACUGCAACUAUCAGAGAAGGUCUCCGUCUCUCAUCAAUCGUGACUACUCGUCUUCCUCGCUCAGCGCCUGACGAGGUUCUACAAUACCAAGACUGGCUGAUUCCAGCGGGAACCUAUGUGAGCAUGUCGACAUACUUUGUCCUUCGAGAUCCAAAUAUCUUCCCAGAACCUUUGAAAUUUUUUCCUGAAAGAUGGCUCUUGAGUCCGGAUGAUUUGCGCAAGCAAGAAAAGUACCUCCUUCCAGCCUCAAAAGGGACAAUAGGAUACGUAGGGCAAAAGGAUGUCUCUAUGGCAUGGACGAUGAUGCAUCUGGUUUUGGGUACUUUGAUACGUCGCUAUCAUCUCGAACUCUACGAGACUACCGAGAGGAACGUUGAGAUGAAACAUGACAAUUUUAUAGACCAAACCGGAAAUGGCUUGAACAACAUCCAGGUCAAGAUCUUGAAGCAAUACUACUAG